AUGAAUUCACUUCUUUCGUUGAUAGUUACUCUUUGUCUUAUUUUCACUCACGUAAAUGCACUUGAUUUUCAUGAUUUUGAUCUUUUUGAAGAUUCACAAAAUUUUGAACAAGACAUUGAUUCAUUCAUUGAAUUGUUUGACGAUGAUGAAUCAAUGGACCUUCUUCUUAAUGAUUUCUCAUUAAGUUCAAUUGGAAGUGCAAUAGGAAGAGCCGUUGACAAAGGAACUAAAUGGUUAGCAAAGAAUGGAGAAGCUAUUUCAAAUACUCUCGGUAAGGUUGCAGAUGUUGCAGGAACUGUUGGUAAAGUAGCUGGUACAGUUUCUAGUGUUGCAGGAAAAGUUGCAUCAUUUGUACCAAUUCCACAAGUAAAAGCAGCAGCUGGAGCUAUUGCAGCAGGUGCUAAAGCUGUACAAGGAGUAUCAAAAGUAGUAGAAAAAGGGGCAAGAAUAGGACAAAAAGUAGUAAAUGUAGCAACGACUGCAUCUAAGACGUAUCAAGACAUAAAGAAUGGAAAGUCUAGUAGUUCGAGUAGUUCAAGUUCAAGUAGUUCUACAAGUUCGAGUUCUAAAGGAAGUAAAUCUUCAAAAGGUGGAAAUCCAGUUUCAAAUUUCCUUAAUAAGGCUAAAGGCAUUAAUAAUAAAGUUCAAGGUAUUGCUAAAAAGGCUGGUAAAGUUGGUAAAACAAUUUCUAAAGUUGCAAACACUGUUAGUAAAUAUUCUGGCAAAGCAGGUAAACUUGGAAAGGCUAUUAGUUCUGCUGCCAAUAAAGCAAAUAAAAUUGGUAAGGCUAUUAGUAAAACAUCCAAUACUGUUAGUAAAGCAAGUAAAAAAGUUAGUAAAUUCUUGGGUGGUGGAAAGAAAUCAAAAGGAGCUUCUAAAAAGUCUAAAGUUUCUAAACCUAAAAAAGCAUCUAAGCCUAAAAAAGUAUCUAAGCCUAAAAAAGUUUCAAAACCAAAGAAAGUAUCUAAACCAGCAAAACCUGCUAAAAGUAGUUCCAAAAAAUCUAAAAAGUAA